AAAAAACUUAUAAAGUAUUUAAACAAGGAUGACUUAUAUUUUAACUACUAUGUCUUUCGUCCUAUGCUUACUACACAAUACAGGAAACGUAUUUAUACUAUCCCAAUUUCAAUUCCUAGACCUAAAUACAUAUAUGACAAUGUAGGGGAAGAUAUUAAAGAAAAUUUUGUAAUAUUACCCAAAAUUUCAUAUAAUGAAAUUGACAUAGAAGGAAUGAGGACUGUAGGAAGAUUGGCUAAAAAGAUAAUGAAACAUGUUUUUGAAAAUAUUGCUAUAGGGAUGACAACAAAUAGUGUUGAUUAUAUCAUAUAUCAAAAAAUUAUUGAAAAUAAUGCCUAUCCAUCUUUAUUUGGAUAUAGAAAAUAUGUAAGAUCUUCAUUUAUAUCACCUAAUAAUGUUGCCAAUCAUGGCAUGCCGGAUUUUUAUUUGUUAAGUGCAGCUGAUACAGUUUUGAUUGGUGAUGUUGAUAAACAGGCCCUUGAAUUAUGUGAAAUGGCAAAAAAAUGUACAUAUAAUAUAAUUUCAUCUUGUAAAGAAGGGCAACGUUUUAAUAUUAUAGGAAAAAUUGUGAGGGAAACUUUGAAGAAUUCUAGAUUUUCUGUAAUUCCUGAGUUUGCUGGUCAUGGAAUAGGCAAAAAUCUAUACGAAUCUCCUCAAAUAACUUUUGACGGUUCUUAUAUUCCCGGUCAUAUGGAAAAAGGGAUGAUAUUUACUAUAGAACCUAUUAUCACUGAAGGAAAACCGAAGGUCUAUUUAUGGCCGAAUACUUGUACCUUUUCAACUAAAGAUUUGAGACGAACGGCUAAAUUUGAGAGAACUAUUAUGAUAACCGAGAGCGGCGCAGAAGUAUUGACAGAUUAAAUCAUAAAUUAAAUACGCAAAUUUAUUAACGUUACUUUAUUGAUUGUGGGAUUAUCUUGUUAAAUUUAAUAUAUUUUUGUUAAAUAUAUUUAGUCGAAAACCUAAUUAUAAAUAAUUCAAACCAAAAGAUUUGUAAAUGUUUAGUUUUUUCUCAUUCUCAAUAUUGAUUCUUGGGUCCUAUUAAAUAUUUUGUUUGAAUACAAACUUUUUUAAAAAAAGGUCGCCGAGACCAAGUAAAAAAAAUCUUUGGGUCUUAGCCCGAAUAACUAAAACAUUUAUUUUAUUCUCUAAUGUUAUUUAUUAAAUUUGAAUAUUCGGCAAUGACAAUGAUUGAUAAUUUUAUGAUCUAUUUAUUAAAAAUAUUAUUCCCAUCCCUUAAAUUAAUAA